UAUAUUGCUUCAAGCUCCACACAUUAAGGAGAGUGAGAAAGAGAGAGAUGGGAUUGAAGUCAUGGUUGAUGGCAGUGCUUCCUUUUGCAGCAAUGGUGAGUUUGCAAUUCCUGGAUGUGGGUUUGACUACACUUGGUAAAGCAGCCAUGUCUAGAGGAAUGAGUCAUUAUGUUUUUGUUGUCUAUUCCAAUGCUCUUGGCACUCUCCUCCUGCUCCCUUCUUUCUUCUUCAACAGAAAAGGGAGAACGCCCCUCACUUACUCCAUACUAUUCAAAUUCUCCCUCCUCAGCCUGCUUGGGAUCACCAUUAUGCAGAACUGUGUGAUGACUGCUGUGAAUUACAGCUCCCCUGCCCUUGGAUCUGCAAUGUCCCAAUUAAUCCCUGCUUUCACUUUCUUGCUCGCAGUCAUCCUCAGGAUGGAGAAGUUGGAUUUGGGAAGCUCUAAAAGCCAGAUCAAAAUCAUAAGCACAAUCGUAUCGACUUCAGGAGCAUUGAUCAUGAUCCUCUACAAGGGUGCUCCUAUAAUUGCCUUGGACAUUCAAUCACAACAGGAAUCACUCCCCUCCGUUUCAUCUGCAAAGAUGAACAAUUGGGUAUUGGGAGGCUUUUUGUUUGCAGCUGCUUGCUUAUCUAUUUCAAUAAAUACGACGUAUCAGGCGGUUGUUCUAAAAGAUUACCCAUCACAGACAACUCUGGUCACCUUCUAUUGCUUCUUUGGUACUAUUCAAUGUGUAAUUGUUUCCUUGAUUGCUGAGAGAAACCCAAAUGCUUGGAAGUUGAGGCAUAAUAUUGAGUUUAUAUCUGUCAUAUUCUCGGCUGUAUGUGGGACUGCGGUGACAUCUAGUGUGGUAACAUGGUGCAUAAGGAAGAAAGGUCCUGUGUUUGUGGCCAUGUUCAAUCCUGUUGGCAUUGCUAUUUCUGCAAUUCUUAGUGUCAUCUUCCUUGGCGAAACACUCCAUGUUGGAAGUAUCAUUGGAACAAUCAUAAUUGUGGUCGGAUUCUAUGGAGUGGUGUGGUCGCAAUCCAAAGAAGAGGAAGAGUGCAGGAUCCUCCGAGUCGAAGGAUCGCGAUUAUCUUCUCAGAGAUCCCCGCUCUUAGAAAAUCGCAUGGAUGUGUAAACAACUAUUAUGGUUCCCCCACAAUGACAAGAACCAUGAAAAAGGUUUUUCUUGGGUAAAAUAAGAGAUUGAUGACCGACACCAAAAUGUGUGUACUUACCUCUAAGUGUAAGUGAGACUAGUAUCGAAUCCACGAGGAAGCGGUAUGCAAAUUUGAGGGUGAAUGGUAUGCAAACAACUAGCAAAUA